UGCACUAGGCAUCGUAGCAAGAUGGCGCAAUCGUGCAUAAGUCAGCUUUUUGUUACACGGUUCAUUCCCUCCACUUCGGUAGUCGUUUUUAGUAGGAGUGGGUGAUUUGGUGAUGACUUCGAGGAGCGUGGGGACGCGAGGGAUGCCCCUACGAAGCCGGACAAAUGGAAACACUGGCUUGAAUGCCGUAAAUAUGGCGAAAGCAGCAAGAAUCAUUCGUUACGGUGCCCUAGUGCGCAUAGUGUCGGCGCAAGCGCAUCGCAGUUGGGGAAACCGACAAUCCCCACCAUUACUCCCCUUCAGUUUGCCGACUAUCCAGGGGCUAGAGCGGAUGCGAGGGACGCCCCUAUGCUAAGGUACCUAACUGUUACGAGAGGUUUUGUAAUGUGCAAAAGAGCCGCGAUGAAACCACAUGUACUGGUGACAAGUAACACUGUGCCAUCAGAAGGCAUUGACUUGCUUCGCACAAAAUGCGACGUUACGAUAAUCCAAUCUGCGAAUACCACGCGCGAAGAUGUGCUACAAGCACUUCCAGGCCACGAUGCGGUUCUGAUCGCUGAGCACUUUAACGUGAACAGUGAAUUUCUUAAUAUUGCAGGGUCCGCGUUGAAAGUCGUUUCUACAAUCUCUGCUGGUUACGAUCAUUUGGACGUUCCUGAAAUUAAGCGAAGAGGGAUCAAAGUAGGAAACACGCCUGAGGUUUUGUCUGCCGCGGUCGCCGAAAUUGCAGUAUUGUUACUUUUGAACGCGGCGAGGCGUACCCACGAGGGCCGCCUAAAGCUCGAACGGGGAGAGGCAGGGAAAUCUAAUCUUCAAUGGUUGCUUGGCCAAGAUUUACAAGGAUCAACGGUUGGUAUUGUUGGAUUGGGUAAUAUCGGACAAGCUAUUGUUAAAAGACUGAAAGGAUUUGAUGNUUGUCGGGCGUGA